AUGUCGCUCUUCGACCCGCUCGGAUUCGCCUCGCCUAUCACCAUCAGGACAAAACAACUCCUCCAGGAAGUCUGGCGUAGAGGAACAGCAUGGGACGACAAGAUCGACGAAGACCUGGCAGAGCAGUGGAAAAUGUGGAUGGAGCAUCUGGAAGGCCUCCACGAAAUAGCAAUCCCGCGACAAUAUCUUCACUACAGUGACGCGGCCUCCCUAGAACUCCACGUCUUCAGCGAUGCCAGCGAGUCAGCUUAUUCUGCGGUCCUCUUUUGGAGAGCUGUAACAGCAGUAGGCGAGGUCCACCUAUCCCUUAUUGUGGCGAAAGCAAAGGUGGCACCGUUAAAACUGACGUCCAUCCCAAGAUUGGAGCUACAGGCAGCAGUCAUGGGCACCAGGCUCGCAGAAACAGUAGUCGAAGAACACGAGAGGAAACCUGACCGCAAAGUAUUCUGGACAAACAGCAAGACAGUAUUAACCUGGAUAAGGACAGGGUCACGUUCAUAUAAGCCCUACGUGGCUCACCGUCUAGCAGCAAUAGAAGAGAGUUCCAAAGUUAACGACUGGCGCUGGGUUCCGACAAAGCUGAACGUGGCGGACGACGCCACACGAGACGUACCAGCAGCAUUUAAUAAAGAACAUCGAUGGUUCAAAGGGCCUGACUUCUUAUACCUAACAGAAGACUUCUGGCCGACAGAAACCACAAGAGCAACAGCGGAAGAACCUUCCGACGAAGAAAGGACACAUUACGUGAGCAACAAAAGAAGAUUGAGGCUUGCCGAAGGUCUACCUGAUCCAGCGAAGUUCUCCAACUGGGACCGACUCCGAUACUCAACAGCACGUGUUCUACAGUUCAUUCAACUCUGCAGAAACACCAAACAGAGAGUCAACUACAAACGAACAAAGAAGAAUAAAGAGGCUGAUCCCACUUGGAAAAAGAACAAAGCUACAAAGAAGCAGCAAUAUCUCCUGGCGCUACAUCCCGCCUGGAGCUCCAUUUAUGGGCGGAGCCUGGGAGCGAAUGAAGUGGAAUACACCGUCAACAGCCGACCGCUGACUCACGUCUCAGUCAGUCCAGAGGAUCCCGAAGCUCUCACUCCUAACCACUUCUUGUUAGGAGGACCGAGACGAGUACCACAGCUAGGCACUUUCACCGAACGAGACGCCCUCUCACGGUCAAGUUGGCGAGCUGCACAGAGGCUAGCCGACACCUUCUGGUUACGCUGGGUGAAGGAGUACCUCCCUGAGCUUCAACACCGGCGGGAGCCCCACGGACAAGGCCAAGCAGCACGCGUCGACGACCUCGUACAGAUCGUCGAUCCCAACCUGCCUCGCAACGUGUGGAUACGAGGAAGAGUCAUCGCUACAUAUCCGGGUCCCGACAACGUCGUGCGGACUGUGGACGUGCUAACUAAGGGAGGUGUCCUACGCCGGCCAGUAAGGAAGCUUGUGAUCCUGCCUCUAUCUACGGACGUCGAGCCCGCACCGGAAGCUGAUGCGACGCGGUCGCACGGCGGGAGUGAUGUGCGGGACAAGAGAAAAACAAAUAGUGAUACAUAA